ACACCUGGCCUCAGGCUGAAAACUUCAACCUAAUUUGUAUUUUCGAAACCAAAUGAGAGAAGUGACUGGGAGACGGCAUCUCCGCCCUCCAUUUGGGGCUGGGCUUUGUGCUUCCUACAUUCUCUCUCUAGUCCCGUCAUGGUGUGGCUGCCUGUCGACAGGUUUCACCCCUGAACACCAGGAAUGGAGGUAAACUCAGCUGCAAGAGCUCUGGGGCCUAGCAGUAGGGCCUGACUACACAUUCUGUGCAGAGACCAGAAGUGUAAAAGCUGAGUGCAUCUGGGAGUGACGCUGCAGCUCAGUGGGUUUUGGAUUUUUUUUUUUUUUGCUAGCACGGCUGAUGGCUGCUGACGCUGACAGGAUGCGGUGCAGAGAAGUCAGCCUCCGCAAGAAGCACCACAGCUACAGUGUAAAGCAGGUGAAGAGCGUUACAUGGUGAAAGAGGAACCAAAACCCCCUCUCCUGUUUCCAGGUAUCAGUCACUGAGUCUUUACUUUACUGUGGACCUUCACGGGCUGCUUUACAAGGCAAAUAAGAUGAUGACACAAAGCAAUGUACUCUAAGAGGGUUUAAAUAUGUGACAAUGUAAACUUGGAGCAAGCAUGCUACUACAUACAAUAUGGAAUUAUGAAAAACAUUGAACACAGUGGUGACAUGAUUCUCAAAUAAGAACUAUUUGACCCAUUGGGAUGGAGACCAUACAGGUGGAUCAGUCUUCAACAUCACAAUUAGAAGUGCCAGCAUACUGUUUUGACUAUCUGGAGCCCCUAGACUGUAUGUUGACAUCUUCUCCUUCCGAUUUCUUGGAUGUUGACCUGGAAGACAAGAUGAGAGGAGAGGAUGCCUUUUUUGUUGCAGAAAAUGAGUUGCAGGAAUACAUGAUAGGCAAUGAGGAAGUCAAAGUAGAAAGCAGCAAUGAAGCCUUUCUUCAAGAGCCUGACUCCAAGCCUCUGACAGACACUGAAAAAAAUGUCUGCACACACAGUGAGUCUGGUCUCUUGAUGGACUGUGAAAACCUUUCAUUUCCAAAUCAAGACCACCAGGUCACAAUGGAAAAUGAACCUGUCAUUUUGCAAACUGAUCUGAAACAAACAGUAACACAGGAGAGUCCUGUAGACUUUACAUGUGAUGAUGAAAGUCACGUGCCUAAUGACAAGUCAGAACCAAUAUCAUUACAUACACAAGGCUCAUUACACAUGAGCUCUAUGGAUUGUGAAUCUCUGGGCCAGUGCUUGGACCCCCUUGAAAUGACCUGGACUGACAAUCCUUUAAUGGCACCUUAUGUUGGUAGUGAACAGUCCACCUUUAGCGGCAAGUCUGAAACGAAGGCUCAACUUCCUGACGGAACAUGGCUCUCCAUAGUCAAGCAGUGUGAGAGUAUUUGCUACAUGGAAACAGACCGUUGGACAAAUGGCCAGGUGACUUGUUCUGAGGUCAACAGCCAGGUGACUUGUUUUGAGGUUGGUGGAACAGAGAACAGCAAUACUGAUACUGUAAACAUAGACAUUCCUGCUGUAUCAUCUGUCAUUCUGCCACCCAAGAAGAGAAGGCCAAUAGUCAAAGAACAAGUUGAGGGGUUGGAUUCACCUACUUCUGAGGAAUAUCCAGAGGAAGAAUUUAUCGAGUGUGGGUGCUUGACACCACCUGAACACAUCUCAGAUUCGAAAGAUAGUAUAGGCCUUCCCAGUGAGGGGCUCCUCUUUUGUUCAUCAAGUUUGUCCAUUGUAUCAGACAUUCUGGAAGAUGAACUGCAAGAAGAACAAAGAGUCUCUGGGGAGAAAGCUGAGCAGGUGGCACAAGAGGUAGAUCAAGAAAAAGAAGUAGGCCUGCAAGAUGAAGGGUGCCUCCAAAACAGCCAGCAGCCCAUGUUAAAUACAGAGACCACACUGUGUGCCCAGCAAGAAGCAGAAAUGGAACCUCAAACUCACUUUGAGCAGCUGGACACCACCAGCCAGGACCAAACAGAGAUCAGCCUGGAUGAAACAAUGAUGAGCAAUGGCAAGGAGGAUGUGCUGGAGGAUGUGAAGAGUGUCUCCAGUGACCUCCCAACAGUGAAAGUGAGUUUGGUAGCAGACUCUCCUACCCAAGAAGAUGAGCCGGUACCUUCAGCUCUCCCACCACUACCUGCAAAUCAAGUGGACUGGGAAUCGGCUCAGCAGUUGUCCAGCCGCCUCUACAAUUUGGAUGGGUUCAAGAAGGCAGAGGUGGCGCCAUACCUCUACAAGAACAAUGACUUCAGUAAGACUGUGGCUGAGGAGUAUAUGAAAAAUUUUGACUUUUCUGGACUCACCCUGGAGCAGGCAUUAAGAUCAUUUUUGAAGGUGAUGGUGCUGAUUGGGGAGACCCAGGAAAGGGAGAGGGUUUUGCAGCAUUUUGCCGUCCGUUAUCAUACCUGCAAUCCAAACUCCUUCAAUUCUGCUGAGUCUGUCCUCACGCUCACUUGUGCCCUUAUGCUGUUGAACACAGAUCUUCAUGGCCAGAAUCUUGGAAAAGCCAUGACCUGCUCUAGUUUUGUUUCAAAUCUCGAUGGGAUGAAUGAUGAGGGAAAUUUCCCCAAGGACCUGCUAAAGAGUUUAUAUAACUCCAUAAAGAAUGAGAAGCUUGAAUGGGCCAUUGAUGAGGAGGAAUUGCAAAACACUUUGAUGCCACAAGGAGAGGAUUCAGUGGAUGGCCUGGCGCGUAAUAAAAGCAACCCCUUCCUGGAUGUGGCCCAUGACCAGAAAGCUAAGGUGUACAAGCAGGGCUUUCUGACGCGCAAGGCACAUGCAGACAUUGAUGGGAAAAAGACACCCUGGGGCAAGAGAAGCUGGAAGGUUUUUUAUGCAGUUCUAAAAGGAAUGGUGCUUUAUUUGCAAAAGAAUGAAUGUAAGCCCAACUGGCAAAACUCUGAGGAGGUGAUCAGCGUGCACCAUGCCUUGGCUGAGCAAGCAGUGGACUACACCAAGAGACCCAACGUGUUUCGCCUGCAGACCGCUGACUGGAGAGUCUUCCUUUUCAAAGCAUCGAACACUGAACAAAUGAACUCAUGGAUCUGUCGGAUUAAUCUGGUGGCUGCUCUCUUUUCAUCACCUCCAUUCCCAGCGGCUGUUGGGUCACAGAAGAAAUUUGUGAGGCCUAUUCUCCCAGCGGCCCAGUCCAAAAACACACAGGAAGAACAACUCACUGCUCAUUCAUCCUGGCUAGAGAUUUUCACCUAUGACCUUGAAGACCACCAGCAGAAUCCACCUGAAGGGAAGAAAGGUCGCACGCGUGACUUGGAUCACAGAGUUAAAGAAGAGUACCUGCAAUACGAGAAAAGCCGAUAUGAAGUCUAUGUGAAUCUGCUACAGGCUAAGAAGAAGAUGCUCACUGAAGACCUGGAUCAUUUUGACACCUUGGUGUGUGAUGCGGUUGAAACUGAAGAAGCCUCACUUCAGAAAUCUCAUUCCAGCCCAUCACUCAACCUGGAGUCAGCUGCUCCAAUAGUCAAAGUUAAAAGAAAUAUUUCUGAAAGACGUACCUACAGGAAAAUAAUUGUGCCACGUCGAAACAGAGACCUGCUUUGAUGAAGGUUCAUAGCAGUAGUGUGCUCACUGUUUUUCCAUAGCAAACAAGUGUUCCCACAUAUAAACAAAAGUGUCCAGUAAGUCUUCCAGAAGUGUCCAGUAAGUCUUCCAUUUGCACUUGACACUGUACCAAAACUUCCCAGCUGUGAUGGUUUUCUCUUUUUUAUAAGUCUCCUAGGCAUAGGUUAAGUUCACUUACGGCAUAUCUAGAGACAGGAGAUCAAUGAUCAUACAAAGAAGCAAGAAAUGUAGUGAACGUUUUAAAAAAUGCAGUCCCCAAAUUUAAAUGAUUAAAGAAAUCACUUUCAAACAAUCUCCUUUGGCCAAACUGACUUUCAAAGAGAGUGUUCUGUCAACUACUAACACCCACCAUAACCUUCUUUCACAAUACCAUCCAUUCUGGUCAGAGUUAGUAGAGAAAUGGGGCAUAAAACAGCAACCAGCUCUGGACAAAUGGCCAGUGACCACAGGUCUGUGCCACUGUCUGACACUUUACAAGCAUCAAUAAACAGCCUUUUUAUUUGGUGUAGUUCCCUGGUCGAGAGAGCAUGAUUCUCUGACAAUGCAUGGUUUGAACCAAGCAACCAUCCGUUUACCAAACAAACAAACUAACCUUAUUUUAUAGAAGGCCUUUCAAUAGUGAACACCAGCCCCAGGUAUUUUUCAAGAACAGAACUAGACUUGAGCACAGGCUCAUAAAUUGACUUGUUCAGGGUCGCACAGUGAACCAAGGGUAGAUACUGAACUGGCAGUCUUUUGUUUUAUAGACCAAUCCUUGAGUUGCUAUGCCACAUAGCCUAGAUGGCGAAAGAGGUCUGUUGUUUUUGGUGCCUUCCAAUAGUCAACAAUAUCGCAAGGCAUUGAACAAAUACAGAUCCUAAAUAGUUCUAUUGUUUUUAUAUACAUUUUACAAUAUACAUAUACAAUACACAAUUUAAAGAUGACAAUAGGCAGGUUGCAUGACUCACACAGGGUCAAACAAUUCUGAAAAUACAGAGAAUGAACUGAUCAAUUUUAUAAUUUAUUUAUUUUUUUUUAUAGAAUUCGGAUGUCUUAGCCAUUAGGUCAUCUUCCUAAAUAACUAAAUACCCUUUCUAUUUAGUGCCUUCCAAUAAUGAUCACUCUACCACAAGUCUUAAUAAGCACUUUUUUUUAUUUUUUACAGCUAUAGGUGAAAUAUUUGUAUGUAUUUUCUACCAUUGGCGCAUGGCUCAGCUUCACACACACAUUUACAUUCACUAAAACAAGGUAAAUAACAUGGUUAAAGCAUAAAACUUGCCUGUUAAAAUCCUGCAGUUAAAUGGACAGAUCCACUUAUGGAGUAACACUUCAGCGUCAUUAACCUGCACUGAAAACAUGGCCACAUACCCAGGUUUCUCACCGAGAAAUGUACAUUUGUUAGCAUGGUUUCUCAGAGACUAUCAUCCUCGCAAAUAUUUCUGAAAUUGGGUUUCUGUAAAUAAUCAAGUUAUUCAAGUGUAUGCAAACACACUCACGGGGAGACAGAGACCUGGCAGCCUUACAGUCUGUACUGCACAUCUUAACCACUAGGGGUGGGUGGCCAAACUGCCUGCCUCGUUUGGAGUUGCCUAACCAGCUACUUGUUCUCACUAAUACAAUGUUAGAAUGUCUGCACUGUGAAUGUGGGUACUAUCUGGCUUGUCUCACUUGUAAAGAAAGCAUGUUAAGUCAGUUACUUGGAAAGAAAUGUCUGGAAGACCAUAUCACCACCAAAUAAAUACCCAUCAGCCGGUCAUUUAGAUGAGCAAUUAAAAGUUGUGCCUUCUCUAUUGGCUCUUACCUUUUCAACACCCAGUAGGUUCACAGCAGUGGAGGCCUGGUGCUAAUGGGCUGUUUCCUUGCACUUUGCCUUUAACAAAAUGGUCAUGCAUUGUAUGCUUUGGCUAGUCAUUUUCAUGUGUUCUUACGUUAUUCUUGCCAACGAUUCCUCCUGGAAAACAUUUUGUUCAACUGAGCUACUCUCUUCACCCUUUAUGUAUAUGAAGGGGGUUGCUUUUGAGAAACCUUCAGCUUCAGAACUGUUGGAUGGUGAACAUUUUCUUUCUUUUUACUUCUGAAUAUUCAUCAUUGCUGGUUGAGGAUGUUACGGUCAGUUUAUUUGUGGCUUCAUCACCAUGCACCAUUCCUAACGACAGCCAGCCGUUCAGCCCAGCAUAACAUCUAAAGCCUUGCUCAUGUAAUGUUUAAAAAAAUAUUAUCAAGACAACACAAAUUGGAAGCUGGGCAUGACAGCAUAAACAAAUACACUGGAAAUAAACAUCAACAGAAGACUAUGUGAAGACAGAGGCAGCCAUAAAUGAACAUACAGGCUCCAUGAAUCCAGACGUGAAUGCACUUUGCUUUAUCUCAGGGAUUUCUAAUUUUGUGCAGGGGUCCAAUGUCAGGACUUGGACGUUUUAUUUUUACUUUGACACAAGUAGUUGUAUCUGUAAUGUAACUCUUGACUCUCUCUUAAAUGAAGGAUUCCUUGGCUACUGUGACUGGCAUUGCUUAUUUAAAAUUAAACUUGAAUGAAUGCAGAAACCCAGA